ACCAACCGUCGCGUCCCCCAGAAAAGGCAGGGAGGACCGGAGGAGGCAGGAGGGAUGAAGCAGCGAGCGAAAGCGAAGCCCCCCCUUCCCCAAAAUUGAUCUCCCUCCUCCCGAGAAUCCGCCGGGCCCAGCACUCGGAAUCGAUCGCCAUUCCCCCGGGGGAGAGGGGGCAGGCCGCGAUGGGCCGCCGCGGCCACGGCGAGGCGCCCAUCGACCUCGACAGCGACAACGAUGAGCACAAAAGCAAGCAGCCUCGAACAACUAGAGGAACAGCAGUGAAGGCGUUUGGGAGAUCCAAAAAUGCAUUGCCCUCCUUUUAUGAUAACCUUCCCCAAAAUAGUAGCACACGCAAUGCAUCUAGCAGGAGGAACAAGACAAAUCAAGACAAGUUGGAUACUGAUAUUUUUGAAUUAUACAUGGAGUAUCUUUGGAAGCACAUUGAUGAAGACAAGAAGAGUGCUUAUACAUACUUCGAUUCUUUAUGGUUUCACAUGUACAACAAGGGGCUUAAUAAAUCAAAUAUCCUUAAGUGGAUAAAGGCUAAGAAAAUAUUUUCAAGAGAAUAUGUUUUUGUUCCCAUUGUUUGUUGGGGACACUGGAGCCUCCUUGUCUUAUGCCACUUUAACGAGACAAACUACUCGGAUGCUAAGAAAGGACCACGCAUGAUAUUGCUGGAUUCACUUAAUACGACAGAUCCGACAAGGUUGCAAUCAGACAUCAGAAGAUUCAUUGUUGAUAUUUACAAAACUGAAGAGCGGGAAGAAAGCAAACAGUUCAUAAACAAAAUUCGUCUUGAGUUUCCCAAGGUGCCACAGCAAAAUGGAGAGGACUGCGGGAUAUAUGUUCUAUAUUUCAUCCAUUGUUUUCUUCAAAACAAAAACCUGGUCGAAGUUCUUCAAAACAAAAAAUUGGAAGAAGAUUUCGGCAAGCUGUUUGAUGAUGUCUGGUUUAAUCUAGAGGAACUAGAGAACUUCCGCAAGGAUAUUCAUUCAUUCCAAGCGAAUCGGAAUAACAAAACCGCAGAGUAGGGUAGGUGGCGAGUUUGCACCAAGCAUAUGGAGUUGGUAACAUCAUACAAUAUCUUAGUGUAUACAAAUUGCUGAGUAUCAUCUUCCCUGGUGGCACAUUCCGAGGAUAUUUGAAGGUUGUUGAGAAUCUGUUGGUAGUGCAGUUUAUGCAUUCAAGAGGGAGAUGGAUAGUUGUCCAAGCAUAGAGCUUCAUUGACAGUUAGCUCCUAGUUCGGCAGACUGACUCUAGAGAUGUUCCCUUAAAAAGGUUGAGAUAUUAUUACAUUUGUCGUAUUUAAUGAUUAAACUUUGUAGUUAUACAUUAUUAGGAGCUGCUAGGUGAGAUUAUACUUACCAUCACCCUUUCGGAUAUUUUUUAGCAGGGGUGCAUACUAUGUAUCAAUGUAUUCGCAUUAUAGAGAUGUUGUAUUUUACCCCUUCUGGGUUAUA